AGUCUCAGUUAACGUUACCUACUGGUCUUGGAUACUCCAGUUUCGCCCACCGACAAGUAACAUCAACACGGUUACCGGGAAAAGCUACCUUAGAGGCGGGUUGCGACAUUUCUCUCCCUGAACCUCCGCAGCUGACAUGGAUAUCUUGUUGCCCGGGAAACAUUGAAGACAAAAACAAUGGGUACAUGCCGCUAGAAAAAGUUGCUAGCUUAAUUGGCACAACUGCGAGCUAACAGUUAGCCGCUAACGUUAGCCGGCUAACGUUAGCAAACAGACAGCUGAAGGAGAAGUGUGUAGAAGUUUGGAUAUUAUUUGUCGCUGAGACAUCAAGAUUGAUGCGGCUUUCUGGAGACGGCGAACCCUUUCAUUGAAGGUACGUAUCGUUUAAUCCCGGAGAGGCGUUAAACUGAGAUACAUGAACACUUAACUGUCAGUCGGUAACAUUUACUCUUUGGAGUUGGCGGCUCCGACUACACACCGGACCGAAAACAUUUUUUAAAAAGAGUCGUCCCGAAACGGAUGUUAUAUAUGGUCGAUUAUACAUUACAAUAUAUUUCUAUGAGUCGUACUAGAAAUUCGGAAUGGUUGCUUAAUCGUGUAGAUAAUUGUGCAAUGUAUUCGGCUAAAAAGUUAAAUUUCAGCAGUUCGUAGUUCACGCCCGACCGACUUACGUUGGCGAUGGGCUGGGUCAGUGUAUUUCCUGGGUAGGACAUCACAGCUACAAGCUUGGACAUACAUUCCUUUAAGUUUAUUUUUUGUAAUUUGAUAUUUAUUGAUUGAAAUGAAGUGCUGUUUAUGUCAAAAGUUAGCUUUAGAGAAACGUUUGUCUUGUAAUACAGGUACCGUUCCGUGUCAGUCUACUUACUCCAAGCUCUCUCUCUUUUUCAUUACAUUGUACCACAUAUGCGACGAAUAGAAACUUCAUAGUACUCAAACCAGUGACAAAGUAGCGACGUCGAGUAACUAUGUGGAGAUAUGAAACGGUUCAAAACGAGGGAGUGUUUGAGAUAAAAGUUAAAGUCAGUGCAGUCCCUGUAAAGUCGAAGUCGGCAGUGUUUCUUCCUCGUCUCAUUGUGGGGGUCUUCACUGGGAGCCCUUUGCACGGUGGUGACCUCGGUGUUUAGAAGCUGUACUGCAAAAGUGAAACCCCUCUUUACGUGUCAUGCAGUGUCCACCGGAUGACUACUGCCUUGUAAUUCCCGAUGUAGUGUAGGGAGAAAGCUAUUCUUUAUCUUGGCUUUCAUAUGGGCUACAUUUGCACUCAUGGAAAUCAACCACCCUGCAUGAGAGCAUUUUGCCUUUAUAUCACUUUAUAAUGCUUGCCAGACACUGCCCAUAUUGUACCUCACAGAGCAGUGUUAGAGUUAUUUGCCCUGUGACAAGGUGUGUUUUGUUAAGUUGUGUUAAUUUUGACAUCCUCUGUGGACAGAGAUGUAUAUCAGUACCUCUUUGCUGUUUUUGUCUUGUGUUUGCCAAGGUAGUGUUUUCUUAUGUAGCCUUAAAAACAUAAACAUGUAAAGGCAGUUUCUUUAGCACAUUGUCAAUCACCUAGUCUGAUAUGUACCCUCUUGCAAAUGUUACAGGCAUAUAAAACUACAUUUGAAUUAAUAUCAGUUGUAUAGCUGAUAGUCCUGCCUGCUUCUGUUGGUCAUAAUUAAAUUAUAUGUAAACCAUUAGUCAGACUGAAAUUGUAAUUAUUCAAGUUUCUCUUUGUGGGAGUGAGUUAGCUUGACAAUUUAGUUUAAGAUCUUGUAUGUGUUCACCUCAGUCAGACCCAUAUAGACCCACUUCACAACACAUUGCUGGACCAAAAGAACCAAUGGUGGUGGACGGCUCCUCUCUUUUCGCUGCAGGACAGAAAGAAUCAGAAGAUCUUUUGUACCAACAGCCAUCAGACUUUAUAACUCUUGUGUAAAUAGUAGAUAACUUUUAGAGACAUAUUAUGUGAGACAACAGACAAUAGAAUUUCCUUUUGGGGAUUAAUAAAGUUCCUAUUAUUAUUAUUCUUAUAUUGAUUAUGUGCAUACUCUACAGUUUAAAUGCCAACUUUGACUCAGAUGAUACCCUGUAGUGAUCAAAACCUCAAUAAAAAAAGUGGGUAUGUAAAAAAAGAAAAAAGACAAAACUGUGGUUUUGUAUUGUACAUAUGAAAGGCAAAAAGUUAUGAAAGUGUCCAUAUUUCCAUCAUGGGACUUAAUAAACAGUUAUCUUGUUGGUAACUUGUUUGUCAGUAGUUUUGGUUUGUAAUGUCAUAGGUAAACAUGUUAUAUGAGGUCAAUGGGGUAAUAUCGCUGCCUGGCGUAGUGGAGUCAGAACUAUUCUCGUCAAUAAAUUAGUUCUGGAUUGGUGCUUGUGUACUGGGUCAAGGACAGUAAUCCAGUUAAAUUAUAGAUCAAACUGUAACCUUAGUUCAACUCAUCUGUGCAUGUAAACAUAACAAAUAUUUUUUCAAACAGUUUGACAACCAGUUACAAACUCCUCCACAGGGGCCUCAUAUGUCGGUAGUCAAGGUCAACCCUGAAUAUGUUAGUUUCCUUGUAUAUGUUGUGGUACAUCCAUUCAAGCUGUUCUUGGCUCUUCUACAACAAAUUUGGCUUCAGUCUGGAUUCAGAUAAAAGCACAUAUCCAGUGAGCCUCCAGGAAUCUGUUCUAGUAUACAUCAUAUGACCUUUUCUUCUUUUACAAGUGAACUCCACCUCUAUGACACAUUGAUUCCUCCUCUCCAGGAGGGCUUCAUUCUGCUGUGGUAGAAACAGAGAGGAAUUCAUUUUCUCCCUGUUUGAACCCUCCUCCUGAUUUUAUCACCUUGGGCAGUGUCAUGUGAUUGUUGUUUAUAAAAUGCAGGACUUGUACAAACCCCCCUGUGUGACACAAAGCAGUUGAAUAAUGUAACUGCAAAACCCAGACUGUGAGCAAACUAUCAAAGUUAGCCCUGCACAGAGACCAAUAGCACGGUAAUAGUACAGAACCCAUUUGACAGUCUUUGACACUUAAAAAAAACCAAUGCAGUUGUAGGAAGUGGAUUUUCUUAGCCAAACAAAUCUGUCAAACAAUAUUUUGUUGCUGACUUAAUUAGGUAGUACCAAAGUGAUACUAGACACCCGUACACGAGCUCUUCAGGCGACGUGUUUUAGGUAAACAUCACAUAGCUGACGUAGCAGUUCUGCUUACCUUCCUUCAUGGAAACCUUCAGAGGUAUGUGCUGUUGUCUGACCGGUUUUUAAGAGUUGGGUGACAUUAAUAAGCAAACGAGGAGCUGACAAAUGAUGCUGGCUACUCAAGUAAUUAAUUAGGAUCAACAUGUUUUUAUGUAGUUUAAUUGGAUCAAAGCCUCAGGACGUGCUUGACAGAAUUGGUGUCUCUAGGGCUUGUUUCUGUCUGUUCGUCUUUAAAUGUGCCCGCUUUUGUUCCUCUAUAUUAUUCCUUGUUGUGGUUUAAGUUAACAUCUGAAUUUUUAUGUGCCUGAAUACUCAUUUGUUCCUGCCUCUCUAUUACAGUGUUUAUUUCUUUUUUGGUGCAGGAGUCUAGGUGAAGAUACUGUAAAAAAAUUAUGUUCUGUACUUAUUUAUUUAUUUGCUUCUGUCUCAUCUUGGCUACAGGUGAAUGGGAGAGAUGAAGAGCAGUAGGAAGACUGAGGUUUUCUCUGCUCAGCAGCUCAACAAUCCAAGUAUUGGCCCAGGUUCGUCUAAAAUUUUUUAUUCCCACCCAGAAAAAGCUUAAGUGUUGUUGUGUAUUUAUUCUUAUAGACGUUAUCUCAACUAUUUUCAAUUGUGCUCUGAAAUUCAUCAAUUUGUGGAAAAUUUUUCCAUCAAAUUGAAACAGAUUUUUGUCUUUCUCUUUCAGAGCUGUCAACUGCAUGGAAAAGUUUGGUUCAGACCAAAGCUGCAGUAAGUCCAUCUGCAACCUCCCUGAGAGGAUUUCCAUUUUGUAGUCGUGCAAAAAACACUGCAACAAGAUUUUUGUUAUUUUUAUAUACUCAUAACUCAAGAUAUCUCCUUUUUCUUCCUCUGUAGUUGCGGCACAUAGAGAACCGCCUAGAGGCGACCCCGGGGACAGGGGUUCUGAUGGAGUCUGUCAUGGACCCUCCCAAGAAGAAAUCCACCCGAACGGUUCACUGCAGGGGUGAGUUGUUGCAAAUUGUAGAGCAACAUUUUUUCAUUAUAAGGCUCACUUUGGUUUAUUCUGCUGAAUCUAUAACUCUGUUACAAUUGAUUUUUCUAUUACAGAUGGACAACAAGCUGACAGCAGUGGAGGGUCUUCAAAGCGCAGGGGGCAUAGUCAGCAGAGUCCAGAGAAGAGCAGCUCCCGCAGCCCCCUGAGAAAUAGCACCCAGGACAGCAAUGUCCGCAGGAACAACAGUGUGGAAUUCAGAGAACCGCUGGCCUCCUACAGGUACAGAUUUGGAAUUUAAACCCAAUCCCAAACCCCCCUUUUUCCAGAUCUUUUCUAUGUUUAUGGGAAGAUUUGCUUUUAAUGAGUAUCUAUCCUAGUUGAUGCUUAAAAUUUCCACUUUAGUACGAAUACAAAGGCAAAGUUACUUAAACAACUAAUUUAAUAUAUAUAUAUUUUUUUAACAACGAGGUAAUGCUUUAUGUGUUCUGUGUUUAUAUUCUGUAAAGUGACAACAUAUUGGGAUUUUUGUGAUUGCUAAUAUAACUUUUGAGCUGUGAUACUUCCAUGCGAAAUGCUGCAUUAUGUCAUUUUUUUUUUAGCUUGAUACAACAGGAGAGCUCUCUCAACUCAAUGACUGUCCUCCUCCCUCUCUGUCUGACUGUUAAGGCUUCCACUCAGAUACCACAUGUUCUUGACAUCUUUUUCAAACAGCUCAGCGCUGAAUGACUAUCAGAUACUUCAGUCACCCGAGGCUCCAGUCCUUUUCUACUAAAACAGCAAAACCAAAAUGUUCAGAACCAUAGAAUUCAUUGAUGUCCAUUGAGUUCAUGAUGUUCAUUGUGAUAAAGGCUUUAAAUCAUCAGUGUUUCAAUUUGGUCCUUCAAAGUGUCUCUUGUGACUGUCAUAAAAAUCAUAACUUUUCAGGAUUGAUAAUUUUGAAAUGUGGAACAUGAUUGCUUUAAUUGGAACAUUUGCAAAGACUUCAGCCCUUGAUUUAGAGGCAAUUUAAUGGCAACCCGAGCUUCACAGGCUUUUGAAAUACAUAGAUGAGCUUUCAGACCAACAAUUUCAUGGUUUCAUGGAAGCAUUUUCCUAAUAGUUGGCAAAAGAAAAGGUUUUAAUAGGCCAUGUCUUCAUUGGUUGGAUAUUUACACACAUACACACACACACAAAACAAUUCUAAAAAAUAUAUGCAAAUGGUGAAUGUUGUCAAGAUCUAGUAUUGUUGCUACCAGAUAGAAACAGCUGGCAACUAGCUGGUAAAUGUAAUUCACAAGGAUGCCUAAUGUUAACAGCAUCAUCCUGGUAUUGGCAAAUAAAGACUUGAUCAGUAGAUCGUCCUUAGUUGUAGACUGGUACUAAAAUUUUACCUGAUAAACAGCUGAUGAGGUGACAUAUCAGUUGUGCAUACAUUGAUCUGAUUAUGCGUGUUGACCGUAUGGCAGUGUUUUGUUGUGAAGGAAACAGACAGCAUUAUAGCUGUUUGCAAUGCUAAGUGCAGGUGACAGGAGGAGUACCAAAAGAGCAUUUUCCACUUUAGUGAUUCAGUCACUCUAAGAAAAAAGUGGUAAACAGGAAAAUCAUUGAAUUCACUGAUAACCAGCUAUUCAGUGCAGUGGGAGAUGAAACUUCUGCAGCAUUGUGGUGUAUUGUUGAUCUUUAUUAGUGAGUGUUAAUACUAGUUAAUGUCAUUCAGGUUCAGCCUUUUGGUUUGAAGAGGGAGCCUUCAGUUCUUUGCUGUCAUGUCAGUCAUAGUGGGGCGUAAGGUGCAUUUCCAAACCUCAACAUUCUGCAGUUAUUCUCAUUAAUGCUGCAAUUAUAAAGUUGUCUUAACUGUGAAACUCAGAUAAAUUGGGUAAGAGUGUCACUCCGUCAUUCUCUCCCUUUUGACCAUAAAAUGUGCUGUUCUGUAUACUCGGUGUGUUGUAAAUUAAGAGUAAGGCUUGAUCCUCUUCCUGAUCCCAUGUAAUCUGGUUUAUGUACAGAGAGGCCACCCCUCCACCACAUCCCUCGUCUCAGCUGGAGGCCUACAGUCUACAGUCGGUGCCAGGGUCCUUGCACCCUUCCUCUCCAGCCUCCUCAGAUCCUCUACUCAGCCAGCUGGUCUACCAGAGAGACACCAGGGACAAACAGACAGACAGAGACCUGGAAAGCACACACUCCUCAGCUCUGGAGAGCACAGAGGUUCGCUACCUCAAUGACCAGCCAGCCCCAGUCACCCUGAGGACUAUUGUAAACCAGUCACCUCUCACAGGUGUAGAGGGGGCUGAGGAGGAAAGAACUCCUAAAGCACACGUUGGAAUGGAUAGCCAAAAACAAAGCUUGUUUGAAACUCCAGCCCAAGGCUCCGUACAGCGAGCGGAGAGCACCCCUUCCUCCAGCCCUGGUUCAGCAUCUCAGCGGCUGGAGAAUCUAAGGCGACAUCAGCCAGACGAUAAACUGGAAAAGCUCAAAGAGCGCAUUCGCAGGCAGAGACAACAUCUGGAGGAGGCAGCAGAGAAAGAGAAACUGCUGGGUUAUCUGGAGCAGCCUAUUACGGCAGCAGUAGGGAGCAACAGCACUGGCACUGCCAGUAGGGCUACAGCAAAAAUACGUAAAGUGGCUGCUGCACCACCUGCACCCGUAUACAAAGGUACCAUGAGUGUUUGAUGCAUUGACAACUAGAGCGUACUCAGUAUUUGAUCUUUUGUUGGUCAUUUGAGGCUUAGAAAUAGAAAAUGAGAUGCUACAGCUUACUGGUCUUUAAAUCCUUCAGGUUUCAACAGCACUGAGACAAAGAUCCGGACUCCUGAUGGGAGAGUGUGGAAAGAGGAGGAUUUUCAUAACCUCAGUAGAGAGAUAUACAGAGACCUGUCACAGCAGUUUGCUGGUAAGCACAGGCCACUAUCUUUUACCUUUUUCAGUGUGUACCACCUUUUUUAGUCAUGACUCGAGUUUGUUUUUAUUAACCAGCUGACACUUGACAAUUUAAUCAGAAAAAUCUUCAUGUAUCUAUGUUUCUGUCUUCUCAUUACAGAGACCACAAGAUCCAAGAAUCUGCAGCAGAGAGAACAGAGAGCAGACAGGUCCAAAGAGAGGAGACCCCCAAAACCAGUCAGGAAGGUCCACAGAGCUGCCCCUUCCUCUGACCUAAAUGCAAAACCAGGUAUAAUAAUCCCCUUUCAUGUGAGAGGGCCAACCCACCCUCUGAUCUAUUUUUAAUUAGUGACAGUAGGAAAGCUAAGCAUGUGGAACAGUCUGGUAGGAUUUUAUCAUGGUUCAGUGCACAUGGUCCCAAACCGAGAGCUCCAAAUGUUAAACAGCCUCAUUUCUUUCUAACUGGCUUUGCUGGUUUGGGGUUGUGCCUUUUUGAGUCAUGUGCAUUCUUCUUUGAUUUUCUACUUUCAUAUCUUUGUUUAUACCAGUUUAUUGAUAUCUUUUCCUGAAUGACUGUUACAUUUAUGACAGUUGUUGAAUAAUGUUGCUGCAACCUUUUCUUUGCCAUUUUGGAGACUUAUGUGUAAUCAUGUCUUGACAACAUUAUUUACAUUUCAGACAAAUUUUGCAACACAAAUAAACAAAAAGGUUACUUAUUUUAAUCCAGAAGACGUAUUUUUAUAGAUAUCUUGGGCAGACUGCUUGAAUAAGUGUUCAGACAACAGUACUCGGUGUGUUCUUUCCAUAUCCUCAGUCGUGCUAUACUGAGCCUGUGUGUGUUUCAGUGCAUGAACUAAAUACAUUGUUUACUUGUGAGACUGUAUGGUAGGUCUUAAAUCUCUGAAGAAAUGUCAAGUAUGUGUGACAUGCAGUUUUGGACCUGUGAGUAGCAAACAGAGAACUACAUUUAAUAACUAAAGCUUCAUACCACUGUAACCUGGGACAGCUGAGAAAACUCCCCCUUUGUUAUAUGCAAAAAUCCUUCCGGGUGCAAACCAGUACACAAAAUGUAAAGCUGCCAUCAUCUCUGUGUCCUGAAAGAUAAUGGUUUUAGUGCCUAGCGCUCCACCUUGAUUAAUCCAAUAAAUGAUUUAGUGUCGUUGCAAAAUCUGUGAUAUAUUAAAGUAAAACAGAUUAAGUCUAAUUAUCCUGAAAGUGAAAAACACGUGUUUUUCUCAUUGGCUCUUUGGCUGGUGUCAACUUGUGUUUUUUCUAACUUUUGGUUGCCUCCGAUGUCUGCACUGCUCUCUCUCUGUCAUGCUGGCACAGCACUAUAAAUAGCACUCUGGUUCAAUUGGCUCAUCCGCAUGGUACCAUCAGCUGCUUGCUUUGUCCAUGUUCAGUUUCAUUACCAGGAACUGCAAUUCUAUAGAACCACGUCAAAGUGAAAAGCACACCAGAGGUCAUCUCAAGUGAGGACAUUUGGGUGUUUCUAGAAUGUCAUUUCUGGCAUCUGAGCACCACAGAGUAAUACUAAGCUAUAAGAAAGUUUGCAGCGAAGACAAGUAGAAACCACUGGGUAAAAUCCUGUAAUAAUGAUUCACUUAGUAGAUGCUAGUGACCAAAAAAGUUGGUUAAAUUGUGAAUUUUAAGUUGUUUGAUGGUUACCUCUGCCACAAAACAACCGUAAUAACUUACUCAGAGUAAGCAUUUCUUUUUAUGUUAUUGAAUUUCUAUAAGGAGUGACUUAUAUCAGUAAAGCAAAUGCUGUUCUUGUAUGUGUUUUUCCUAAAGCUGAGAAUUUCAGGACGUUCGUAGACAUAAAUGUGAUGAUGGCUUCAAACUUAAUGUUUUUGUUGAGCCUGAAACUGAACUUGUUGUUUUAAAUGGACACUGGUGGGCAAAUGUAUCUAUUUUUGUUUAUUUGCAAGGUUUGUAUGUAUGUCACGACAACAAAAAGCUGCCCACUAUUAAGACAUUAAAUUGAUCUGUGUUUAUGAUAUGCCUAUGAUGCAGUUUCAGUUAGCUUUUUGUUUCUGUGUGUCUUUGUAAUGCAGAGUGUACAAAGAUUUCAUGUCACUGAGGUCUGAAGCUCUGUAGCAAUAUCCAAAUUUAGAUAAUUCUCACUAUUUAACUGUAUACAUACUACAUAGUCAUUUUUGCGUAAAGUGAUCAGCUUUGCAGCUGUCUCUCCGUCUCUCUCUUUUCCCCUAAAAAUAUAAAUUUUCUGUCCUUUGCAGUGAUAAAUACUUCAUCGUGGCGAGAGGGUCAAAAGCUUGUAAAGAUGGUACUGGGUCCAUUUCCUAAGUCUCCCAUGGAAGAGAGACCCCAACCUGCUGAUGGACAGAGUCGAACAGGUGGGACCUGAAGUAAUGAAGUCAUAUGAAAUACAGAAAAAUAUUGCAUAUCGGGGAACCACACAGAGUAGUAAAAAAACAGACAGACAACAGAGCCAGACAAAGAUGAUCAAUAAAUAAAGAGUCUUUGACUGCUGCUUUGCAUAGACUAUAUCUCACAGUCCCUCCUAAAAGCACACUACCAGCAUCCACCUCUGUCUCUGCUCGCUGCAUCGGGACUGGGCACCACUGACCAGACGGAAUAGAGAUUGACAUGCUGUUCUGGUUGGGUGCACAAUUAGACAUGGCCUCAUUUCCAGAGGUUGCCCCUAGUACAGGAUGCAUGUACUCUGGAAGGGGGAAGUGGCCCAGAGAGGGGAUGAGGCUCACAGCAGCCAUGGUUUGAAAAAAACACUGUCUGGAUUAGACAGUGUAAAAUCUGCAUAGGAAUGAUCAGUUUGCCACAGAUUAGAGUUGGCAUGUAAGCCCGCCCACAGGCCCUCUUUAGUUUUUGCUUUCUAUCUGGGUCUGGUGCCUAAUCUGUGGAGGGUUUUUGAAAAACCCUUUUCAGUCCCUUGUAAGCAUUUAUUUACAUUUGUGCUGACAUUUCUAACCAUUUUUUAAAAAUGUAUAACUGCCUCAAGCUUUCAAACAUUAUCAUUAUCCUAUACAGAAGCCAUAUAUAAAAUAGUUUGAUAUUUAUAAUGCUCAAAGUGCUGUUUUCUUGUACUCAAUUUAAAUGUCAAUUUAUCACCGCUUACUAACAUUUGAUAAUCUUUCACUAAUUUUUGUUCAAAUUUUUCAUGCAAUUUCAGCUACACAUCAUCACUUCAGUUCAGAACCACGCACAGAAGCAAAACCCAGAUCUCGCCCAAACAGCAGAGAGAGGCUUACUAGUAGUGGUCAGGGGCGUUCAAAAAGCCGCUACACUAAUCCAACAACCCCUUCAUCUGCGGAUCAGGACAGAGAGCCAGAGCGUGCAGGUGCAGACUUGUUGUCAUCAGACAUCCAGGGGAUACUUGAUGACCUCCAGCUGGAGUGCAGAGCAGCUGAGAGGGAGGAGAGGGCCCGGCAAAGAUCUCGGUGUAGUAACAGUAGCAGGAGAGGGGGAUCAGGAUCACGUACAAGAGCUCCAAUAUCUGCUUGGGGGACUACUUUGGCAACCGGUUCUUCUUCAAGGGGAUGCCGCAGUGCCAGCCCCACCAUACACCGGCCUCACACUGCGAGCACGGCUGACACGGGGAACAAAAAGCGACACUAUGAUGCAGAUUCUGUUCGGCAGUACAUUUUAAAGCAGCAGGAGGAGAGAAAGAAGCGUCGAGCAGAAGAGAAGAGGACACUGAGGGAGGAAACUGAGAGGAGAAAUCAGAGACUGCAGGAGCUCUACAGGAAACAAAGAGAAGCAGCCAAAACUGUGACCCAUGCAAGUGAGGCCCCUGUGGCCCCUGUGCAAAAGCGACUACAGGAGACCUAUACCAAACUCCUGGAGGAGGUCCAGCAGGGGAUGGAGACCACUCAGACGCUACCUACUGCUCCAUCUAGUCAUAUGGUAUUAUACAUUACCACAUCACUUAGUUACCCCUUUUUUUCACUAAUAAUCAAGCUGUAUGAGUUACCAGGAUAUGUUAUUUUCUGUUUGCUUACAGAGACCAGUGUACCAGCCCUCAGGAGAGUCAGACAAAGAAAACAAAAGGCUCGAGACACCCCUGAGUCCUUCCAGCAGUGAUAGAUCUUUCAACGAUCAGCCGGCUCCUCCUCCUUUGUCCAGGUACGCACUCACACAGACGCUUUCAGGAGAAAUAAAAAAGCUGGCAUUUGACUUGUUGGCAAGGAUGAACAAAAACAUCUCUUAGCAGAAUGUCUUAAUACACUUUUGGCAAAAAUUUCCAGAAAAAUCACCUGAUUGGUGCAAAUAAAGAAAGUGUUCUUUCUAAGAUGGUUAUUUUUGUUACUGAACAGCACCCCUGAAGCCUUUUGCCCUUUAUUUUAGUACAGGAUUAAAGAAGAUAUUCAGAGGCACUUAACAGUCACUGAAGCCUGUUUAGAGGCAUUUAAAAGGACUUCCUGGAAACUCUGAUAACGGAGGAUAAAGCUUUACUUGUGAAACAGAUAGAAUGAGCAUCUCUGUGUUAAUACUGAGUGAUUACAGAUAUUCUUGUACUUUUCCAUGCAGAUGAAGCAUGCAUUUGAUCAUGCUUUCGAUUCACUGUUAUGUAAAUGAGUAGUUCAUGCAGUAAUCCAGCUGUAAAUAUGCUGCUAUGAUAAAGGUGUCGUUUCGAAGGAGCAUAUGACGUGUGUGGUCUCCUUUAUUCCAAAAACAGCAUGAUAAAAUUGUUAUUGUUAUAAGAGGAAGCUGCCUUCACUGUCAGGAUCUUUCUCUUCUCCCUCCUGUAACUUCAAAAUUCUCUCUUUGCCUCUUGCAGGAAUGAUCUGGAUGUUGGAGUUGCGUCUUUGCUUCAGCCGGAUCGACUGAGUCCUGCUGUUCGACCUAUGAUUGGUCCGAGCAGUUCACUUACUCCUUUUGGUGACCCCUUCCUCUCUCAGCUGCUCGGGCUGGAGUCUGCCAUGGCAGCCGGUAAUAUUCAACAAACCCAGCGGCCCGCCACAGCACCUUCUAGCAGGUCGCGGUCCAAGAUGUCCCGAAUUGAGGCCCUCAAGGCCACAGCAACAUCCCUCUCAAACCGUAUAGAGAGUGAAGCAAGGAAGCUUGCUGGUGAAGGGAUCAAUUAUGGUGCAAAAACUUCAAUGGAUGAUGACAUUGUUUUGACUCCCAGGCCCUCCACAGCUAAUGCUGAUGGAUGCUGGACAGCUGCUACAGAAAAUAAUGAUGCUGCUCUGAAGUUCCAGAGGAGUUUGACUAACGCAGGUCCGAGUUCAUAUGACCCCCAAGUCCUACCAGGUGUGGGUAAUCUGCACACCUUCAGUGGAAAGAAAAAGACAAAGGGUGCUUACACCAGUUUUACAAAACCACAUACAACUCCAGCUGAUGUAACAGGGCCUAAUCUCACUGGUUUUACCCAUGAAAGGAGCAAACUUGUCAACGGCUUUAGGGAGGAAGACAGAAUGGCACAAAGAAGUGAAUAUGGACUGAUGGACGAGAAGAAUCUGACAGAUCUCCAUGACUCAAGUGCAGGUUCCAUCAGCGAGGGUCCUCUUCUGAGUGAAGGAAGUUUUUCUGAGGAUGAAGCCGGCCCUCCCCGAUCCUCCAACAAUCGUGCGCCUAAAUCAGCUGAUCAUCCGGCUGCAGUGAACAACCGUGCAGAGCAAAGGGGGGAUUCCCAGCGGUUAUCAGAGUUCCAGAGAGAAGCUGCGAGGUGCUCAGCCCUCAGUUCACCUUUUGCUCAGCAUGAGGGCAGCAAAGCAGCCUGGGAGGAGUUAAACAAAGGAAGCCCUUUGAGUGUUAUCAACAUCUACAUAAAGAACUUAUAUGACCAUGCCAAAGGUUAGUCCCAAUAUGAAACUCUUUCACCAUGAAAGAUAUAUCAGUCAAGUUUUGUAAAACUUGUAAAACUACAUAAGCAGUACAAAUGAAAUAGUCAAAAUGAUGUUUUGAUUUAAGUUCCUCUUUGUAAAUGUAUUAUUUCUAUUCUUACAUCUUUACUAUCAGUCAUAUUAAAAUCAGAUGCUUUAGCUAAAGGAACAUGCACUGAAUCCAAGUUAAAGGUAUUUCUUUUCUUUUUCAUCAUUUUUUUUUUCUGCAGCGAAUGAGAGGAUGUCUGAGAAGACACCCCCCUCAGCCCACUCUAUGGGCCUUGGGAAUGGCCCUGUGGACACACCUGUCUAUGAAGACGACUUUGUGUCAUCACAUAGCAGUGGACAGUUAAAAAGAAGCCCUCAUUUACACAGGUAAAAAAAAACCCAACAACCUUCAAUUUUCAGAAUGGCCACUGGAUGGCAUUCAUGUCACACCAAGAGAAAGCCCACAAAGUGUUUUCGAACAGCAACCCUAAUUUUGUACUCAUGGGUUCAAAGAUUACCCCACUUCACUUCUGUAGUAUUCUAUGUGUUGGUGUGUGCCUUCACAUAUUAAGAAUUUAAUUCAAGGUCAUUUAAAUCACACUUUUCUCCCUUCCUUAUAAGUGUGAACACUCAUUUUGAGGAGCUGAUGAGGAGGUCUCCUUAUGAAAAAAGCACAGGAGGUGCCAAUUCCAACCAUUCAUCCUUCCUCUCAUCUGUUCACUCACCACAUCCUUCGUCCGGUUCAACAUCUUGCUCUUCACCCUUUUCUAAACACUCCAGCAGAAAAAGAGGUGAGAGCUCUUAAGUUUGUUUUUCACUAUUACAGAUUUGUGUUUGUUUUUAAAUUAAUAUUUUUUAAUCACACAAUAGAAAUAUUCUCUGUCUGACAAUAACUCCUUAUUUCCACUUCAGGUACAGUGUCAGACCAGAGUGAUGCUACUCUGGUGGGAGAGCAGAGAAACUCCUGCUCACCUCCCUCUGAUGCAUUAUCCUCCGACUCCAGGAAGAGAGGCUCAGAAAAAAGCCCUGCUGACAGCCACGCCAAAAGUUUCCACUCUCAUGAUGCUUUAGGGGAAACUUCUCAACAAAGGUAAUGAUCUCCAGCAGACUAGAUUAAUGAGGUUUGAUACUCCAAGGAGAGAAAACAAAAACUUCCAUAUGCAGGGUCUCGGAGUAUUUCUAAGAGUAUACAAGCAUGCUGUGUUGUGCCAUAAUGGUGACUAAAAGGUCAAAAGUGUUUACAUUUUCCACAUAUUCAGAUUUUUAAGGUAUUUUCUUUCUUUAUUCUAGGGGUGCAGGCACAAAUUUUCACUGGGGUGUUUUAUAUGCUGCCUUAUUAUAAUAGGUUUUUAUUUGGGUCACAGCAUGAUCAUUAUUAUUAUUUUUAUUUCCUAGUGCAAUUUUUUUGGAUUGAAGAUUCAUUUAAUUUGCAUCUCGAGUUUUCACUAUACGAUAUAAUUUCAUUUUGAAAGUAGUUCACUAAGCCACACAAUUUCCUCUUCUCAUUUCUUCCAAGCUAAUCUGAAAUGGAAUGGUGUAUUUAUGGAUAUUUUAGAUGUUUUUAGUUUUAGGUUUACUCACUUGUUGCUGUUCCAAAAAACUCCACUUAGUACAAACCAUUUUUACUUUAAGGUCAAUUUAUUUGGACAUGAAAAAUCACUCAAGUAUGCUUAGAGAGACCAAGUUAAGGCUUUUGGCUGGCUCUCCUGUUGAAGGCAUGAGGCCCUCAGUACUCUUGAACAGCCCACCAGCAGAGGGAGGUCUUUAACCCAAGACAGAAAACACUAGCUGUCUUGUGAUGGGGGCCUGUAGGGUAGUUUGAUGGAUCAGCCAGCUUCACCACAGCUUGGGCCUGAUGCCAGAGAAAAAGAGAGGAAUUUUUUUUUCCCCUCUCAAUCUCAGUGCCCAGUAUAGACAUUUUAGUGCUCUAAUGGUACGCUGAAGCCCAGGUGGCAGACUGCUUCCACUUUGUGUAGUUUGUGUCUCUUAUAAGAUAGAUAGGAUUGUGUUCAUUUUAUCGCAAUCACUUUAGCUGGAUGUUUAAGUUCAUCAGUCCAAAAUUUUUUUAAAUGUCUCUGUACAUUUCAGCUUCCUUGCAUUUGACAGGGUAUUUGUAAAGUAUUAGGACAACGGUAAUAUCGUCACAUCCUUUCAGUUGAAUCCAGCUGUGUCCCUGAAAUAUUGUAUCCCCAGAAUGGGAGAGCAUAUCCUGAUCCUUUAGGACAUCGCCCUUGGUCUCUCAGCAGCACAAUAUAUCCAUUCAUAGUCUGGGCCUCUUACAGCUGGGAUAUGCUGGCUCAGCAAGUCCUGAGGUGUGCACAACCAGGGGCCCCUUCUUUCUUAAUCAUUUGGUGGCGGCCUUAUCUGCUAUUCCAAAUGUUCAACAGUCUGCAUCCUACAGUGCAUGUAACUUUACACCAAGUUAUGUUUGAUUUAGAUAAAUAAAAUAAAUAGAUGUGCCUCUCCAAAACAUCUGGAUUAAUGUUUGAGCUGUUCAAGAAAAAGUUUAAAAAUACCUUGAAUGUGGUACUUUUUACAUUUAUUAUGGUACACUAAAGCAUACAUACCUGAACGCCUCAAAUGUCUUGACUCUUGGGGAGUUGUUUGCUGGUCUCACAGCUGUAUUUUAUCUUGCAAAAGCUUUAUACCUGAACUUUUUUUUCCUGUCUCUCUCUCUCUUUUUUUUCAAAAUCUCUUUCUAGUUUGGUGGUUGACAGUAAAAAGUCCUUCGUAGUCAGGCCAAAACACACUUCUUCACAUGGCUCUCCAGAUUCUGGUUCUCCUCCAGGAUCAAACUCCCCCAGUGAGGCUGUAAGAAGGGGAUCAUUUAGGGCGAACAGCCCAAACACUAGCACUAACGCUCGCAGUGGCAGAGCAGAGAACAGGACUGCUGGUAAAUAAUACUCACAUUUAAAUAUAAGACAACCAGAUGUUUACUUGGACUUAUUUCUCAUAUCUAAUAUUCUCAAAUAUCCCCCUUUUCCUCCCUUCAUUCAAUUUUCUCUCUCACUCUCUCAACCUUUUCUACCUCCCAGGUCAACUUCAGUAUUCACCAGCUGUUUUGCAAAUGCGUAUGGCAGCAGAGCUCCAGUACCUGGAGUCUAUCGAGGAGUCUGUCCGACAACUGGGGGAUGUGGAGAGGUUGAUGGGGGUAUCCAUGGCUCAGCAGGAGAGUGCUUCACUGGCCCAGAUGCUCAAGGUGAAGAAGGAGGGGAAGGAAGUGGCUGUUGUUAGAUAGGAGUAUUUCAAGUAACAAAAUCUACAUUUUACUCAAUGUGCCAUGCAGACGUGAAUAAAACCAAAAAAAUUACCAACCAAGUGUUUUUAUCAGUGGCUUGAAAAAAACUAUUGAUACAGCAUGAUAUUUAAAUGGCAAAGCUUUUUCAGCCCCAUAAAUUUCAGUGACUUACUACCCGUCGAAUGUCUGUAUUGAUGCACCAUAUUGACCCCCUUUCUGAUCUUUGACCCUGCAGGCCAAGCAGCAGAACCAUGAGCGUGACCUCUACGAGCUGAAGAUCAAGGCUGAGAGGGAGGCUCUGGAGGCACAACUCCAGAUUGAGGAAAACAGGCAGAGAGCAGCCAGGGUACUGCUGCACACAAAGAAAAGCUCACUCUCACCAAUAAUACACUGUGUAUGUGCAAUUGAAAAUUAUUAUUGAAUGUUCAUGCUCUGCUCUUUUUUUUUUUUUUUACUCAGGCUCACACUGAGCUGCAGGAAAGCUUGGCUGGGACUCAAAAAGAGACAUUGGAGGGCCUCCAGGAGGCAACUGCAAAGAUGAUGAGUCAACAGGCUGAGACAGCACGGUACACAGCCGAAACUGCCCGACACAUCAAAGAGGUAAGCAAUCACUGCCCUCUUCUCUGCCUGGAAAACAGCCUGUGUCUUCAUUUUUGGCAAAAGUUGAUUGACUGUUGAGUUGCAGUAAAGAUCAAAACAAUCAAUGCUGGAGAUAAAAGCUCAAUAUACUGUGUUUUACUCAUCAAAACCAACACAAAUGUGUUUUUUUUCUCCGCCAGAUGACUGAAAUGGCUCGGUCUCAGAUAGCAGGAGCUUUGGUUGUUCCACCUGCUGUAACAAGUUAUUCUGUUUCGGAUGACCAAAGGAAUCAGCAGAGCUCUUUUUCACCGCAGCGACAGGAUGAAUCUGACAGGUGAACCUAAAGCACAUUUAUUAAGGGUUUUUUGACUAUUGAUACAUCUAGUCCUCUUGUCCUCCUUACAUAGAUUCAGAAUGGUUUCAAAGCAUUAGAAAUCUGGAAUAAUGCCAUACGACGAGGGUUGUUGUGAUCAGGUUUUUUGGCCCCAGGUUCCAACCUAAAUAUUUCACAAUGAGUAUCUGCUGAUACGGGGUCCCAUUCCAAUACUUGUUUUUGACUCGAUUGUUGAGCUGCACUCAAUUUUUCUUUGUGUUGUUUUAUUGUCCACAAAAGAACAGAAUUUAACAAACCAGCUAAAACAUGUCUUAAGCUUAUCCCAUUUACCUUAGUUCUGUUAGUACUGUUGUAGAAACCACAUAAAACCUGUUUUAGCAUCCUAUGCGGUAUGAAAGCUGUGAAUCUGGAGUGUAUCUACCACAGCACACUUACACAUUGAUGUUAAAGCUAUUAUUUCCUUGUUUCUGUUCCUAAGUAUUGUAGGCUAACCCAGAGUGUUUCGUUAUACUUAUCAAGUUGUAUAAUUGCUUUCUGUGCAAAUUGUACUCAGUGAUGGCUAAUGUAGAUAAUCAGGCAAGAUGAUAUCUCAAAUUGCCAGCACAUCAUUAAAAAAAAUGCCAACAUCAGCUCCGCACUGAUAGUAGAGGUUGGGAUUAGGACAUCCUUAACUGCCACUGAAAAUGAAGCCUUCUGUCACCACUUAGCAUUCUGAUCUAUGAAGUCAGAGGGGUAAAUGCUCUUGAUUUCAUGCUUUCCUACAGCUUCCUGAGUCAUGAGUCGAGCAGAAGAACUGGGCCAGAGGAGUCCCUGUCUCCACUCAACAGCCUCAGCCACUCUGACUCUCAAUCUUUCAGAAGACCCAACUUCAGGUAUCAGCCAGGCCUCUCAUGUAGCAGUACUUUGAGUGCUCUGUACUGGAUUUGUAUAAAUUCUGAAUCUGUUCUCUUUUUCUUCUCACAGUGGAGCAGACUCAAGCAGCCACCAUAGCCCAUCAUGUUCCACUUCAGAUCAGAAAGAAAGAACUAAAAAAGAAGCAGCAGAAGGGAAAGGGAGAAAGGAGGGAACUGAAGUGAAAGAGGCAGCCAGCAGCUCCAUAGAAGAAGAAGCCAUUACAGCGGCUAAUGACUCUCUCUGCAGUGACAGCAUCCAGUCCGUGUUGGAAGAGAAAGGUAAGUAAUCCGCUUUUGCAUAUUCAUUUCCAUCAGCAGUUAAACAUGUGCGAAUACAGCCUUAUGUAUUUAUACCAACAGAUAAAAAUAUAGUUGAAAAGUUCUUUGUGCCCUUACCUUUUCUUACUUUUGGCCCAACAGCUGACAGUACAUCCGUGGCAACAGAGUAUUCCUUCAAGUUUGAUGAGUCAAUGACAGAGGAUGAGAUAGAAGAGCGUUCUUUCCGCUCUCUGCUGCCUUCAGAGGCUCAUCGCCGGGGAACCAAGGACAAGAAGUCCAGACAUCGUGAGGAGUCAGAGGAUGAUGAAGCCAAUCAUGGCAAGACAACAAUUUCAGGAGCACACAAUAUCUUAAAAGUGAGUGGGCAGUGGUGGUAUUGAAGAUAUUUGCAUUACUUUAAGAGCUAGUGGGAGAAGGAUUCAACCACUGGUGGUGAAACACACCCCCUAAAAAAGUUUGACUGUUCUUUAUUCAAGUGCUUUAAGCCCUCUCAUGUAAAAUAACCUCCAGUUUCUGCGAUUUUCCCUUAUUCCGCUAUUUAUCUCCCGUCAGUGGAUCGUCUCGUUCAAUCACAUUUAACCUCCACAUUUUCCUGUUGGCUCUCCUUCAGGAUGCAAAAAUGGCCUUCUCUGGUGGACAGGACAGCUUUUGUCAGUUCACCAUGGAUAUGGUGCGUCAGUACAUGAAGGAUGGGGAGGUCCGACUGCAGCACCAGAGCUCCCUGCUGCAUCUUCGCCAAAAAGCGCUCAAAGACAAGACCAGGGCCGAGCUUGCCUGGCUUGAGCACCAGAAGAAGAGACUGCGGGACAAGGGGGAGGAUGACAAAAUGCCACCCAUUAGGAAGAAGCAGAGGGGCCUCCUGAUAAAGCUCCAGCAGGAACAGGUACAUAACACAGGGACAUUUUCACACCUGUAGCUUUUUUUUUUUUUUUUUCGCUUGGUUCCAAAUCAUCAAGUAAAGUAGACUAAAAUGUGUGUUAUGCCUUUUUGAGCGGCCUCAGUACAGUUGUUAGAUCUGCACCAGGGUUUGAGUGACAGUUUUCACCCCAGUGCAAAUAAACCGCACUAACUUGGCAAACAGAUUUAAGGUCAUUUUAAUCACCAAUCAGGUUUGGUGUGAAAGCACCAUCAGUGUUGGUUGAGCUUUAGAGUGCAAUUUACUGGCUAUUAAACUGUCUUCUGCGCUCGUCGUGCUGCUAGGCUGAAAUCAAGCGACUUCAGGAGGCCAACAAAGCAGCCAGGAAGGAGAGGCAGCUGUUGCUGAAGCAGCAGGAGGAGAUUGAGCGCAUGAGAAAUUCCACACUCAGACUGAAGGAGCGUCUCAAGUGUGCUGGGAGUGAAGCACCACCAGUAAGUAAUGCAACAGUCAUCAAUCACUUUCACAGCCUGUACAGAGAGACAGAUAGAUUUAAGAGAUGUGUAUUCAUUGUUAUUGUUCAUGUUUCAUAGUCUGACUGUUAAAAAGUGCUGCAUGUUCACCUGUUGCACUUCUUACUGGCUUCAGUCACUCUUAAGUAGCUAAAUGGACCAUUAAAUCAUCCUCUAGGAGACCCCUGUGUCAGAAGCCCUUCUGUCUGAGUCAGCGUCCACCAACAUAGGACAUGCAGAGGAUGGACGCAGCCCCUCUCCCUCACUCUCCAUCUCUGGGAGUGAGACAAGCAGCAUCAUGCAGAAGCUCAAGAAGAUGCGCUGUCACAUGGAUGAAAAGUAAAGUCUUUCACUUUAUUUUUCUAAGUGUUUGUGGAUUGUUUUGAACAGUGUGUGUGUUCAAGCUGCUUCUUUUAUUUUGAUUGACAUAUUCUCUUAAGAAGUGAACAGCUGAUGAACUUUUUUUUUUUUUUGCUUUGCGUUCUGAUCAAAUUCUUGGUUAUAUCACCUUGAGUUUGUGUUUUACAAUCUUUGGUCUGUUUUAACUUCUUCAUUGCUUACGACUGCAAAAUACACACGUGGACAAAAUUGUUGGUACCCCUCAGUUAAAGAAGGAAAAACCCACAAUUCUCACUGAAAUCACUUGAAACCUACAAAAGUAACAAUAAAUAAAAAUUUAUUGAAAAUUAAAUAAUCAAAAUCAGCCAUUACGUUUGAAAUGUUGAUUAACAUAAUUAUUUAAAAAAAACAAACUAAUGAAAUAGGGCUGGACAAAAAUGAUGGUACCUCUAUAAAAGAUUGAAAACUAUUUGACCAGAGUGACAUGAUUAACUCAGGUGUGUCCUUUAAUUGACAUCACAGGUGUUUCCAAACUCAUAAUCAGUCAGUCUGCCUAUUUAAAGGGAGACAAGUAGUCACUCUGCUGUUUGGUGAAAAGGUGUGUACCACACUGAACAUGGACAACAGAAAGCGAAGGAGAGAAUUGUCCCAGGACAUCCGAAAAAAUUAUAGACAAACAUCUUAAAGGUGCAGGCUAUAAGACCAUCUCUAAACAGCUUGAAGUUCCUGUGACAACAGUGGCUCAUAUUAUUCAGAAGUUCAAGACCCACGGGACAGUAGCCAACCUCCCUGGACGUGGCCGCAAGAGGAAAAUUGAUGACAGAUUGAAGAGACAGAUCGUUCGAAUUGUAUCCAAAGAGCCCAGGACAACCUCCAAAGAAAUUAAAGGUGAACUCCAAGGCCAAGGUACAUCAGUGUCAGAUCGCACCAUUCGUCGUUGUUUGAGCCAAAGUGGACUUCAUGGGAGACGACCAAGGAGGACACCACUGCUGAAAAAAAUCAUAAAAAGCGAGACUGGAAUUUGCAAAAAUGCAUGUUGACAAGCCACAAAGCUUCUGGGAGAAUGUCCUUUGGACAGAUGAGACCAAACUGGAGCUUUUUGGUAAGGCACAUCAACUCUAUGUUCAUAGACUCAAAAACCAAGCAUACGAAGAAAAGAACACUGUCCCUACGGUGAAACAUGGAGGAGGCUCAGCAAUGUUUUGGGGCUGCUUUGCUGCAUCUGGCACAGGGUGUCUUGAAUGUGUGCAAGGUAAAAUGAAAUCUGACGACUAUCAAGGCAUUCUGGAGAGAAAUGUGCUGCCUAGUGUCAGAAAGCUUGGUCUCAGUCGCAGGUCAUGGGUCUUCCAACAGGACAACGAUCCAAAACACACAGCCAAAAACACCCAAGAAUGGCUGAGAGAAAAGCGUUGGACUAUUCUAAAGUGGCCUUCCAUGAGCCCAGAUCUGAAUCCCAUUGAACAUCUGUGGAAGGAGCUGAAACAUGCUAUUUGGAGAAGACACCCAUCAAACCUGAGACAACUGGAGCAGUUUGCUCAUGAGGAGUGGGCCAAAAUACCUGUUGACAGCUGCAGAACGCUCAUUGACAAAUACAGAAAUCGUUUAAUUGCAGUGAUUGCCUCAAAAGGUUGUGCAAAAAAAUAUUAAGUUAUGGGUACCAUCAUUUUUGUCCAGCCCUAUUUCAUUAGUUUGUUUUUUUUAAAUAAUUAUGUUAAUCAACAAUUCAAAAGUAAUGGCUGAUUUUGAUUAUUUAAUUUUCAAUAAAUUUUUAUUUAUUGUUACUUUUGUAGGUUUCAAGUGAUUUCAGUGAGAAUUGUGGGUUUUUCCUUCUUUAACUGAGGGGUACCAACAAUUUUGUCCACGUGUGUAGCUUGCACUGAGUGGGGCAGUGUUUUCAUCAUUUCUGGCAUUCCUUUUUAAUGAACCAAAAGUCUCAUUUAUUUUGAUUCUCAUUUCAACUAAUGACUAAUAUUGUAAAAACUAACCUUUCCUUGUUUUUCUGAAGUUUUGUGGGUGUGUGAAUCUGUGGAUGUGAAGAUAAGCAUGGUUACCUCUUUACUCUCUCUAACAAAGUAACCCUCCUGAGGUUAAAAUUUCAUGAUUGGCCUUCCUAUUGUUUGAGGACAAUUAUAUUUAAUACUGAACAGUAUCCAAAAAAAAACAUACUUUGUGUUACCAUAACACAGGCAUAGACUGUAUAUAGAAUGGACGCCAUCUGCCUUUUUGCUUGGUGAAGCCACUCCGAGAACAGCACCCUCUGGUGACGGGCUGCAGUAUAGGUCAUAAAUUCUGCUUCCGCCAGCAAAGCUUAUGGAGCUGUGGACAAACUUUAGAAACUUAUUACACAGAAUAUAAUUUUUUCUCCCCCCUGCUUGCGUAGCUCACUCAGGGGGAUACACUGUUUGAGCCCAGCGUCAUCACAGCAACUCUUGGCGACUCUCCCACUGAAAAAUUGCGGAAAUACCGAGAGCUUUUUGGCUUCGUAUAUUGGCAGAAGGCGGAACCAAGUUGUCCAUAGUAUAUACAGUCUAUGAACACGGGACAUAAUGACUCCAGCUGCAAGUUUAUUUCUCUGCUUGUUCUUUCCAUCCUUCUUCUAUAACUUCACUUUCUGUUAUUUUGUAAAGUUUCUGUGCGAGUAUGGACUUCCUGCUGGCCAUCAAAGAUCUUAGAGUUGGCUAAAAGCUUUGGUCAGGUGGCAGUAGAGCUCCUCAUGACCUACUAGCUCCAACAUUGGAUUAAUUGUUCUGGGAUUUAGGAUUUACAGCUGUAUUGUUACACACUGGCUGAUUUGCCGCACUUGAGCAUUUUUGCAGAUUUCUGAAAUUUGAUACGCUUAAAAAUUGCUUGUGUGUUGAUACAUGAUUCAAUUGGGAAACCCACAAAAUUAGGCCCAGAUCACUAUAAAAUAUGAUUAUACAAUAAUUUCAGAGAAACCUAAAAUAUUUAGCACGUUUCUUGAUGCUCAUAUAUCAUCAGCUUGCUUGCUGUGAUUUUAUUUUUUCUAGAUAAGCCAUUGUUUGUCUCUUCCCCCUCUAUCUGUUCUUACCCAUAACUACUUCCUUGCUGUUUAUCACAGCCCUAGAGACUGUAUGCUUGAGUUUCCUCCUGACAUAACAUACUAACACAGUUUGACGUGCUUCUCUGAGGCUUUUAUUUGUUUCAAAAUCAGCGUGACAGCCUCAUGGCCCCUGUAACUCUAAAAUUGGUCACUUUUCAAAGUAAUCAGAAACCUGACACAGCUUACACCUGAGAUGCAUUAAAACCACAUUUGCUCAUAUGGCUUUUCUUUCUCCCUUUCUCUGUACUUGUUCCUCUCUUUUCAUGUUUUUAAUAUUCCCUCCCUUUACAAUAUGUGUGUGCGUAUGUGUGUGUGUGUGUGUUGUUGCUGUUUGUUUCCAUACCCACAUCUGUGUGCUGCUUUUGACUCUUGUCUGUUGCGUGCUUGUGUGUUGUAGACACUGUUCUCCCGUCCACUACUUCUUCUCUGUGUUCACGGCCCACCACUGGGCCUCCCUCAGUGUCUGUCUUCCCAAACUCCACCCUAAAUUCCAGCUCUUUAUCUACAACCAGUUGGUCAGGUACUGUACAGCGCUCUCUACUUUUUCCCCGAGCCCUAUCCUGCCCCUGAAACCCAAUUCCACCCCACCCCACAGAACAUGCUUGUGUUCUUCCUCUGGCACUGGGACCUUGUUGGGGUGGGGGUGGUGAAUGAUGAGUGAUUGGAUGUGUUGGUUUGUUUUGGGUUUUCUCUAUUUCCAGGACGAUUUUGUGGGGAAGGAACUCCAGUGAGAGCUUGAGGAGUGCCCAAGGAAAGCUACCCUGUUGAAAUAAAUCUAACCUUUAAGCGGCUUCACUUCGCUGUAAACUCAGUUUUAUGGCAACAAUUUCAUCUGUCAGUGAAAUAUGAAUCACAUUGGCUGAAGUGUUUGCAUUAAAACACAAUGGCUGCAGAGCAGUCUUGGAUGAAAACAAUGACACACUGAGACACUAUUUCUGUGAAGUCUAAAGGUAGGACUUAUUUCACCAGGAGGCCUCCUUGCUAAGUGGCAAAAAUCCCAAGUCACAGAAACCCCAAGCAUGGGUUUCACAGAUUUCUGUGGUGUUGAUUUUUUUUUUACUCUCCCUGUCUUUUCUCUUGCUAUUUUCCAAGAGUGUUGCGGUGUCUUUCAAACUGUGGCUGCUGGUCGCUCAGCUCCAGCUCGGCUACUUUACAAAAUUUUUUGAGAUCGAACCCCACACUGUGACAUGGAUGUAAAAGACCUUUGUAGAGAACUGUAGAUGGAGUGGUCUAUCUCUUUAACGAGCCCAGUAAAUCUUAACUAGCCCCUCUUUAUAAGAGAACUGUUGCAUAGGAUUGAAUAAUAAGUACAAAUGACCAUUGGCUCUAAUAGAGUUUGGGAAGGCACUAAAAGAAAGCCCACGUCUGGUACUUCACUAUCUGUCCUGUCAUCAGUUUACAUUAGGUCAAGAGAAAGGCCUCUAAAUUGAAUCAAUGCUGAAUAAUACUGUACUGUAAUGGCACCCGUAGCUGUGGGAGACCACAUUACACAACCUCUAUACUUUAUUUGGAUGGACAUGUGCAGAGAUAUCUAAGUAUAUGAAGCCCAAUAAAAGAGAGAUUUCGUUCUUAGAGAUUCUGUAGGCUUUAAAAGGAAGAGUUGAAUUUUCCAAAUUGUCAUUGGUUUAGGGAGAACAGGUGUUAAAGGUGUGCGUGGUCGUAUCCAAUCAGCAUUCAGCCCCUGGGUUUCAGUCUGAUGCAUGAAUCUGACAUCCUCACCUUUAUUUUCCCUCUCUUUUUUUCUCCUGAGUGACAUGUCACCACUUUAUGCCUGCUUACUUAACAGGUGCUUGUUGGCUAUCAUAUUUGGAUGAUUAUUUCAGGGCAAAAAAAAAACUGGUAAAGCAUGUUUUGAGUAGGUUUGGGUGCAUUUGCUUCAAUCAAUGUUUGAUGGGAUGUUUCAGGUAAGUUUGCAGUGGUAACAGGAUGAAGAGGUGAUCUGGUUUGGCUUGCUUCUGCGAUAUCAUGCUGUGACUUUACCUGAUCUUAAUGUCUCUGUUUUACUUCCCUUCUCUCUCCUGCCUUUGCUACCUCUCCAUACCCCUCACCUAUUCCUUCUUCUUUUUUGCUUGCCUUUUCUCUCUCAUCUCUCUAUGAUCUUUCUUUUCAUCUCUUUUUUCUUUCCUUACUUUGCCUCUUCCCUCCUUUUUUCUACUGCAUUACCACCCCUUUUCUCCAGGUUCCUGACAAAGAGGGAGCAGCAGCUGAUGCAGAGGCGUCAUCAUGCCGAGGAGCUGCUGCAGUGGAAACAGCGGCUGGACCAGGAAGAGGCUGAGGUGUGCAGGAUGGAAAAAGAGGCCCUAGCUGUGUGGGAAAGAAACACUCCAAAGGACACGAAAGGGGAAAUGUCCGACACUAGCCCAAGUGCCAGACACCAUCAAAGCACAGAGCCUCGAACUGACAGUGAAAAAGGUGAAGCAGCAGAUACCUAGCUGGUCCUGGCCGGUUCUACUGACAGAAUAGAUACGAACUUUGAUGAAUGAUGUCAAAAUUAAUAUGUAGAAACACAGUAAUCUUCAUGAUUGAUUGUUUUAUGGGUUUUCAGAGUAUGCAAGUGAGGGUGACGGCUUCUCUCCAACAUCUGAGUCCAGUAUACACACAGAAGGGCCCGGAUCCCAGCAACUAGGAAGCCCGUCAGGACAACCUGCAUCAGCCCAUGAAACACCUUUGGCCUCUGUCCAAAGCAGCCCUGCAAAUUACACUCAGGACUUUACCUCGGCUUCCCACUCACUGAGUAGACAAGUAAGCAGAGAUGCGGUUUUCCUCCUCAGUCAUUUAUGUUGCGCAAGGUGCCGUUUCUUUAAUGGUAGUUGAUAUCAUCUGAGUUUUAAGUGUAGCCACUGGGGGUAGUUUACGCUGUAGUGCGCAGGCUUCAGACCAUUUCUUUGUUAAUAAAUCUGUCGAUGUUACUCAAGGGUUAUCAUCGAAACUUGAUGUUGUGUUCCAGCCCUGCAAGAGCCUAGCCACUCAUUUGCUAGUUUACUUUGUGUGUAAAAUAUUUAUCCAGGCUUACCUCCAUCAGUCCAUCUUACUGUGAUGUUACAUUCUUAAGUAUUAUUCCUCUCUCUCCCCCUCCCCCUCUUCCUUCCAAGUCGGUCCAGUCUCCAUUCAAAGGCAGCCACAGCCCUUCUGCCUCUCCUUCAGAUGGCAGCAGCAAAACCAGGAUGCAUCCUCGCUUCCCUUCCCGCACCCCAAACCAGGCCCACACUCAGCAGACUGACUCACUGAUGGCCACACAGACAGGUGAGUAACAAGUGACUUUUAACGAUAGUAUAUUUGAUGAUUUUGGAGUGUUAACAGUUUGUAAUAGUUUUCAGAGAAGGCAGGAGAUAGAAAGUAGAGGGACUGAAUGUAAUACAGCUAUAAUGCUGGCUCUUUGUAGUCAGGCAUAAUGUGAUGCUGCCAGGGAUACAUUAUGCAAGCACUUCCCUGAUACCUAACCUGCUUCGCUGUCUGAUAGUGGUGGAGAAUGCUUUGCAUUGCACUAAGUUAUCACAAGAAACUCUUCUGCUGCCCUAGUAUUGCAGCUGGAUGUGUUGAAUCCAUUGUCAGGCCACUCUUAAAACCAUGAAUCCUCACAAUACUGAUGGUUCAUUGAUUAGUGGCCAAAGAAGGAGUGAAAAAAUUCUCUGCACAAUUCUUGGUAAAGAAGUGUACGCUAAUCUCUGAAAGAAUUGGGAGUUCAAAUGGGCACAAAGUUGGAUUACUCCCCGCUAAUCAAGAGGCCUGGCACGGGUUUCACAUUAUAACUGCGAUUAUUUAUCUAAAUUUACCCACAGAACCCAUUUCAGACCAGAGCGACAUUGAGAGCCGUAUCAAGGCCUUGAAGGAAGAACUCAGGAAACGAAAGUUUAUGGCCUACCAGCUGAAGAAAGAGCAGAAGAAGAGGCACAAGGAGCGAUUAAAGGCACAGGAGGCCAGCCUACUUAAGCAGCUGGAGGUAAAUGCGUUAGUUUGCGUCCAUUGUUGCAUUUAUCUUUGAAGUGUAUAAGUAAAUUUCAUUCUGAUCUGAUUUGUUAAAAUCUUUUUUUUUUUCUUUUCAGAGCUAUGACAACUUCAUCGAGAAAACUAAGGCAGAACUGAACAAGGAGCCGGACUCGACGCCUGAUUCAAGGUCUCUGAUCAAAGACUCCACCUCAAUCUCUGAGCAAUCGAGUAUUAAACCAGCUAGUCACAGGUACCACCCAGUUGUAAACAUGACAUAAUAUUAACUUAACUAUAUUUAAAUUUCAAAACUGCUGUUUACUAAAAGUUAAUCCUCUUCUCUCAGGUCUGAAACCAGCAAAAUCUCUGAGCCUGAAAGGAGGCCAACUGAUGCUUCUCGAGAAAACAGUGGGUGAUAUUCUUACUAUAGCCGACACAAACACUACAUGAACUAUUUAUUGCAUAUUCAUGUGGGUUUGGUCCCUUAUAAAUUGAUUUGUCCUUUUACACCAGAUUUGCAUCCUCAACUUGGUGAUAGUAGAUCAACCUCAGUGCCUGAAGAAUUUUCUGAUGAAGACCCACCAACAGUCACUCCAACUCCUGUUCAGAGCAGCCCAGAGUGCCCAGGUCUUAAGAGGCCUUCCUCUCACAAAGCCCAUACAUCUAUGAAUGAGUCGGAAGAGGAGGGCAAUCUGUUUCAUCUGAAAUCUGGAAUUCAGGAGGAGCGAGAAGUGAACGUGAGCUCACAGUUAGAGGAUCAGCAAUUUCAACAUCUUCAAGAACAAGGAAAGGAAGACACUAUCGACUCUCAACGGAAACUGUCUAAAACCGCCUCCCCUUCCAGUAGUGAAGAAAAGCUGUAUUCGCCGUCUGUUAGCAUAGAGCAAGGUAAUCAAAUAAAGCCAAGCGAAACGUCCAGAGCUGAAGAAGCAAUAAAAUCUAGCAGUAUUGCAUCCAGUAGGCCACAUUCUGCUCUAAUGGACCUCAAAACUUCCUCACAACGCCUGAGCUCUUCAUCUAGUAAUUACUCCUGCUCUCCGGACUCGGUCGUAUGCACCUCAAAGAACGAGGCACAUGUAAAGGAUGACGACACCGCUUCUCCUAUAGCGGAUUGUUAUCAAGUCGACUUUGAGUCCUCAGUGGAUUGUUCGGCCAGAGGAGAGCUUCAAAAAUCAAAGCCAGCCUCUCAAACCUCAACGUCAAUAACAGAGAAGACGGGCUCAAGAAAAGGCAGCCAGAAUGACGAGGUAGAGGAGGAGAUAGCUGAAGACCUGAGUCAUCAUUCAGGGAUUAGUGUUAACAGCAUCCAGUCUGGAAGAAUGUCAGAUCUUGAUACGCUCACAGGAGACUCAGCCCAUGACAAAAAGGACAGAGUUCAAACCAGCCGCUCACCAUCCACUUCCCCUCCUCACCGAGAUGAAAUGCCCAGUUUUGACGUCGGUGACAGGGUUCUUGUUGGCGGUGUUCAGCCUGGCAUUCUGAGAUUCAAAGGCCCAACCAGCUUCGCCAACGGCUUUUGGGCUGGCGUGGAGUUGGACAAGUCCGAGGGGAACAACAACGGCACUUACGAUAAUAUUGAAUACUUUAAGUGCAGCGAGAGUCACGGUAUCUUCGCUCCUCCAGACAAGAUCACACACCUGCCAGAGAUGUUUGAGAUCUAUCCAGACACUACAGAGGAUGAGGACUCAUUCUUCGAUGAUCUGUCAGAUAAAAGUGGGAAUAAACAAAAGGCAGGUCGGGACAAAAACAAAAACCUGAAGAAUAAAAGAGAAGCGACAUCCAUCAAGACCUCUGGUUCUGGAGAUAAGAAGAUUACAGAGGAGCCCGUUCACAAAGAUGGAUCCACCCUCAAUUCAGAGCACAAUAAAGAAUCAGAGCAGCUCAAUCAUAAUGGCAGCACUGCAGACAUAUUGUUGGAUAAUGAAGAGGCACCACUUAACCUCCUCAUCAUCGGCACGGACAAAGGUGACUUGCAGAAUCACAAUCAGAAGGAGAGUGCUGCUGUUGUUGAGAGAAGGGAUGUAGGCCAUCCCUGUCAGCUUAUUCCCGCGGAUCUGUCCACAGACAUCAGAAAACAAGAUAAGGACAGAGACUUGCUGGACACAUGUGCAGACAAGCUCCUCCAGAGCUUUGUGAAGGACGCUGUCGAGCAGUUCGCUCAAAUCAAAAAGACGAAAGAUAAGAAGAUACAAGCUGCGAACCAGAUGAAUGGAGAGUUGUUUGGUGAACAUGCUGAAGAAGAGGAGGAGGGUUUCCCCUCUGUGGAGCAAAAAGAUGGUCUACCCUUUUUCCUGGCCACAGAAAAGGAGGAGCUGUCAUCUCCAGAGCUGUAUAACAGACCGGUCAGUGUACCUUUGAUUCUUUAUUGAGCUGUUUAUAAAAGUUUCAUCAUCUAUUUUUCUUCUUUAAGAAAUGAGGAUGAGUAAAAACUAUUGGAUUGUGAUCGUGUUGACAUGUUUGAAAUAUCUGAUUCUCACUGUGGGGAAAUGAUAUAAUCAAGUCACUGACAAACAGUACUUGUUGAUUUGACCUGUUGGUACAGCCAAAGUCCACUUUGAUGUUGACAGACUGUGUAGAGUUUGGUCUUUUUUUGCUGAGAGCGGUGAUGUGUCUGAAACCACACAGAGAUAAAAAAAAAAACAACUUAAGUUCCAGAUCUUAAGCAUAAACCCAUCAUCAUGUGUCAUGGUUUAGUGAUAUUUGUGGAUGGUUCUAGCUUCAAAUUAUGUUUAAUUUCUUUCUUUAUUUCCCUCAAAACAGGAGAGUCCAGUGCUGGGGGCCAGUGGUCAAGAAGAGCUGGCCAAGAGACUAGCAGAGCUGGAACUGAGCCGCGAACUGCUCAACGACCUGGGUGACGAUCAGGACUGGUUCGAUGAGGACUUUGGCCUGAGCUCCCGCAGAGAACAGCAGCGACUCAAACAACAGCAGAGACAGGAGGAGGAAGAGGCAAGGCUGGGGAGGCCAGGCUCAUCAGCUGGCACUGCCCUGGGGGGGCUCACCCCUUCACCAAGUGGGGAACUGCAAGUUAAGACCCCACCCAGGCCAGAGCCACCUCUUCCUCUGCCUCCCAAACUGCCUGAGCAGCCUGCUAUGGUGGUGCCCCACUCAGCCACAGAGGUGGAGAAGAUGGUCCAUGCCGCCACUCAGGAGAUCUGGCACAGUUGUGGCUUGGGGAAGGAGGGAGUACUCGCCUUUACCCAACUGUCAAACCCCCAGCCUUCACAAGAGUAUCUGGGUAAAGAGAGCAGCAGCCAGGACCAGAAGGCUCUCUCUAUCCGCAGCUACAGAAAGGUGAACAGGAGAACUUUGAAGGCGUAUAAGAAGUGUAGAAAAGAGAGACAUCAGUAAAGAGAGCCCAGUGAAAACACAACUACAACACAAGACACACAUAGAGCCUUUAUUUCCUUUAUACACUCUCAACAAUCAUGGUAUCAUUUUUCUACCUCUGUAGUACUAAGACAACAUCUGUAGGCUUGAAAUAACUAAAGCUGUAUGCAAGCUGACUUCACACGAUUCAGCAGAUUUCCUUUGAUGUAGUGUUUUUCUAUCUGCAUUUUUAUUUCAGUCUCUUUGGUGACAUUUGGAAAUUAUUUCCAUUAUUUAAUGUCUUACUUUAAGAAAGUACCAGCAGCUGUAAGCUCUGUUUCAUUGAAUUCCACUUACUCAGAUACUCUCUGUUCUGUUUAUAGGCUGUGUAUGACCUGACAUGGGAGAUGCUGCAGGAGAUCUAUGCUGAGGACCCCAAUACUGAUCAGCCUCAGUGGGUCAAACCACGCCGCAUCAAGUCCUCCUUCCAUAGAGUAAAGACAGCUGGAGACAUCGCAAAGGUCCAGGUAGAGUACUGCAGGAAAUUCACUUCCAAUGGAAAGAGACUCCAUAUUUAUUUUACUUGACAAGUUCUUACAGUAUUAAAACAAUGUUACCAUGACAACCUGGUCUGACUAUAUUGAAGGUGUAGUUUUGCUGUAGUAAGAGCUUCAGUCUUAUCUGUGGCUGGAAGAAUAAACAGACUUCACAGUGUGGCUUUAGUCAAAUCAUUUGCUUAUCAGUUCAGUGAUAAAUUACUGAACAGUUACACAAAUUUUAACGCAGUACCAUACCACUCACACUUGUAGUUAUAUAUUGUUUAAUUUAUUCCUUUGAUCUUGUGUAUCAGGAAUUCAUCACAACGGAAGUCUUGAACCUGUACGGCCUGACAAAAGACCAAUGCCAGAAAAAUGACUGGCAGAAGAUGCUCAAAUUUGGCAGAAAGAAACGAGACAGAGUCGAUCACAUACUGGUGGGUUCUUAUGAGUUUUGUGCAUUAUUUUUACGGGCAGCAGUUUCUCAAAUGCAGAAGUUUUCAGCUGACUUUUUCAUGUCCUUUUCAUGUCAUCCUAUAUCUGUUUUAUUUUUCUUUUGGAAAAUCUGAACCAGUUUUUUCCUUCUCCCUUCCUUUUCCUUGUGGGGGCAGUAACACUUAAAUGAAAGUUCAUAUUGAAGUUUUAUGGUUGACAGACUUGAUUUAAAAUUAAGACCUUUAAAAAAACAUUUUUAAUAUGAAUCUGUUAGCAGCUUACAGCUUUUUUUAUUGUAGGAUGUUAACAUUUCAGUUAAAAUGUUUCGCUUUUUUGAGUCUCUAGCCGAAACAUGAACAUGUGAUGUGAGUGCAGGACUUGACUUUCUCUGUCUUCCAGGUUCAGGAGCUGCAUGAGGAGGAGGCUCAGUGGGUAAACUAUGAUGAGGAUGAACUAUUUGUUAAGAUGCAGCUGGCAGAUAGUAUCUUUGACGCUCUGCUAAAGGACACUGCAAACGUGCUUACGCUAAUCUACGACAAGAGGGCCAAAGUUGACGCCCUCUCCUGACAGUUUUCCUGCUUUUGAUAUUGAAACUACAACCUCUAGCUCAACCCCCGUCUUCCCUCACCACAGUGAACUCCACCCAACCCAACUACUGCUGCUCAGUCUUCCACCAGCUGAUGUGCCAACAGCAACCAUCAGAUGCCUUUAGUCCCAGCAUUACCUCUCAGCUAAACAACUGUUUCUGUGACAUUAAUUUGCUGAAUUUUGCUUCAGCUAGUGUAGUUUUCUAAUAAUUUUUCAACACACAAAUCCUUAACUCCGUCAAGUCUCACUUGUCACCUUCUGGACUGGUCCUUUUCAACACCAGUUGGAGAAAAUAAAUGUAGUUCGAUCGGACUGACUGUGCCAUUUGUUAGCAUUUCAAAUCCAUAAAUGCUGCUAAGUUAUUGGUUCCACUGAGGACUUGAAUAUUUAAAAUCCACCUGGAACAAAUGCUGGUUGUUAUAUUUUAUGAUUAAUCUGAAAGUAAAUAUUAUUUCUGGAUUUAAAAAUUUUAAAAGAGGAACAGAUAAAAACAAAUGAUUGAACAGUGACAUGCUGUUUUCUAUAAAGCUCAUAAACUUUAAAAGAACUUGAGCUCAAGUCUGACUGAUGGACAUCAUCUAGCUUAAACUAGGGUGAUGGAAUUGAAUUUUGUCACAGAUCAGAAAUUGUCAGACUGCACUGUACUAAAUCACUGAGAUCAGAUAUUGUACAAACAUUUUUCUUCUGUUUAUAUUUUAUUUAUUAUGUGCUAAUGUUUAAUGAGAGGAAAGAGGAUCAUUCUGAAUUGUAAAUGACUGUCAACAUGUAAAAAAAAUAACAUUGAAUGAAACUGUAAAAAGCACAAACUGAAAUGUGAAUGUGAACUUGGCAAUAUAUUAUAUAGGAGGUUUGAAGAGUUUUAUUGUAACAAGAUUCUGGUGGGGGGAAACAGUUGUAAUAUAUAAUUUUUGUAGAGUUGACGAUUCAAUCAAAACUGUUGUUAGUACUUUUUCAUGGCCACGGCUGCUCAGAUGGUUAACACAGUCCUGCGUGUCCCUCUCUUAUACUAAGCCUCAAGUGUGUUAAUUGAAAUGGUUCAAAUGUUACUGUUGAAUAGAUGUUGAGAUUUCAUUCAGUCUCUUUACUUUAUGAGCCUAAACAUACUGAGUUUGUUGUCUGAGAAGAGGGCACACAAGACCAGCAGUGGGCCUAACUUGGUAGUCUAAGAAUCAAAUGAUAGGACAGUACUGAAAUGCUGGAUUUGAGCCCUACUGAUCCCACAGUCCUGAAAAAAAAAUGCCUGUUGUUAUCUUUCAUUGAUAUGUAGUCCUGGGUAACUUGUUAAAGCAUUAGUCACAUAGCAGCAUUAUUCCACGACCUGCAGUGGAUCUUGACUGACGAUUGGCAAGUUCAAACCAGCCAGCUGACUGGAAUGUAGCCUGGUGAUGUAGUCAGACAGUAACAGUAGUUUUUCCUCAGCUUUUAGUUCAAGUGCCUCUUUAUGUUGAGUUGCAGAUUUAUAAUAGACUUUGUUGACGUCUCAACAUCCUUUGGACCUAAUUUCUUUGAAUGUCCCUUUCAACUGCUGUAUACCACCUUUUUCUGAUCCUUAAAUGACCGCCUUUCCGUCUGACCGGUUUGCCGAUAUUUCAGUUUCUGCCUUAUCACUCUUUUUGUGCGUAAGUUAGCUGUGGUGUUUUUUAAACCUCACUUUCCUCUGCGUCAGACUUUUGUAACAAAAAUGUCAUCAGCUUAAUGUCCCUGUUGUCAAGCAUAUAGACACAGUUGAGUCAUUUUAUUGGCAAAUAUGUCAAGAACUAGUUUGUAGACACUCCACCCACACAGGCUGCACACUGUGUAACAUGGAGCUGGCGAGGCUGAGCACGUAGGACUGGAUACAUCUAAGGGCUAAUUUUGGUCCUCACUGCUAGUGCUGCUUUCGACUAACUAACUGUGUACAAACUGGUUCUGGCACGUGCGGCAGAGUUUGUUAAUCUUCAUUGACAGUUUGGUACUGAAGUGACCUUAAACUUAGGACACAGUCUUUCUUCUACUGUCAGUGUUUGGGUUUCUAACUUGUAUGUUCAAACUGUAAAUUAUAUAAUGUGGAAAAGACCAAAAACAUUUGACACUGACCUCCUCAAAGCUGUAUGACUUGUACAUCUGCUCCUUAGUCAUAUGUAACUGUAAUUGUAACCUGAUUAGAAACACUUUUGCAAGCCUUUAUAACAAUCCCUCUUGGAUUGUCCUCUUGAAUUGAUUGUACGUGGAACAUUGCUCAGUUCCCCUCUGUAACUAUGCAGUACUUGGUCUCGUGCAUUGUUUUCUAUGUGUGUACCAAACAGCUGAGACUUUUGCUGUCGUCUGUAGAUUGAACAAGUCUUCAAGAAGCUUGAAGCUGUUUGGUUUAGGAUGGAGUUUCUACUCUGUGCUGCAGAGGUCCGUUUUCAUCAGUAAAGAGAUGAAGCAAAUAACCUGGUCAGAGAGUACUGAGAACUAAAAGAGAAAAAAAAUUGGCACGAAUGAUUUGAUCAUCAAACUGAACUCUGUCUGUCCUACAUUUUUCCCUUUUGUCUUUUGAAAGUUUAUGAGUAUUUAUAAUAAUAUGCUGUGAGAGUGCGCUAAUUGCACUUGAAGACUUGUACAAUUCUUUUAUGGGUGUAAAUAUACUGUCUAUCCAAUCUGACCCACUGUUACUGUAACAUUAAUGAUUGUUGUAAUAAACACUGUUUACUUUGCAAAUAUGUGCAUAGUAUAUAUUUGUUAUCUAACUGAACUUGUAUGAAAUUGUAAAUAAAGCUUUCAUUGUUUAUAAGAGAAAGCUGA